AUGGUCCAAAUACUGUCCCUGAUCCACAGCGGAGAUGGUAGUCUGAGUAGCAUGCCCUACAUACCAGCAGACGUCACAAACCUAAAGGCAAAGUACCAUAGAGAGAGUAGGUUGGCUGACAUAGAAGACACAAUAGCCUACUUUGAAGAGAAAGCAAAAGCAGAUACUGAUUUCUUCUACAUGAUAAGAUUGGACGAUGAGGACCGUGUCAGAAACAUGUAUUGGGUGGAUGGUGCUGCAAGAAGAGCCUACAAACAUUUCCGUGAUUGCAUUUCAUUCGACGUGACAUAUCUCACUAAUAUGUACAAGAUGCCCUGCGUUCCAUUCAUAGUAAUAAAUAACCACAAUCAGUCAUUGCAGUUCGGUUGCGGACUCGUUCAGAAUGAAGAUACGGAUGGUUACACUUGGCUGUUCAAAACCUUCUUGGAGUGCAUGGGUGGACUUGCUCCGAUGAACAUAAUAACAUACCAAGAUUUUAGCAUACGUGCAUGCAUAGAGGAGGUCUUUCCGUUGGCAGUGCACAUGCACUGCAGGUGGCAUAUUAUUAAGAAGGCUGAGGAGACGCUAGGACCAUUCUUUGCUGACCGUCCAGAGCUACACAAGGCAUUUGAGUUGUGCGUCGACCACAUCUUGACGGUGGAGGAGUUUGAACGGAGCUGGACGGCUAUGAUUGAAACAUACCAAGUCCAAGACAACGAGACACUUACUAGCCUGUGGGAGAAGCGAAUGUACUGGGUGCCGGCCUACUUCAUGCAGUGCUUCUUUCUAUUUCUGCAGACUACUCAGCGCAGCGAGGGGUUCAAUGCUGCUUUGAAGCGGUACGUGAGCCCUGGCAACUCAUUGCUGCAGUUUGCCAAGCAGUACACAGCUUUGCAACAGAAAAUACUGGGAUCUGAGCUACAGCAAGAAGCAAACACCGCGCUCAAGCAACCUAAAUUGCUAACAUAUUUACCGAUGGAGAGGCAGAUGAGCAAGAUAUACACCAACAAGAUUUUUAACAAGUAA